AUGAGGGUGUUCGAAUUCGUGAAGACCGAGUUUCUGCGCGGCUUCACUCCUGAAGAGGAACCACCUGGGGCCGAGGCGGAAGAAGACGCGAGCGACGAUGAAUUGGCAUCUACCGAAAAUGCAUCACCAGCUGAUGCCUCUCACAUCGAGAACCAGCUGCGUGAGUAUCGAGAGGUGUGGACGAGUGGCGCACUGCCCAUUUCGCAGAUCCUCGUGGUGGCUAGACAGCGAAGGGGCUUCGCCGACUACGUGGACGAGUUCACCAGCGAGGUCAAGCGUACGCUCUUCGUGACGGGCCUUCAUCGCGACGUCGGCUGGCACCAGAUCUCCCAGUUCUUCGCUCGUGAAGUGCGCGCGGUCAAAUUCUACGCCGAGGAGGCCAAAGACGGGGAGACAGAAGCAUCGACACUCUGCGCCUUGGUGGAAUUCCACAGCAGCGACCUGCCGAUCCAGCGAUUCAGAACCAAGCUCGAAGAGGACUUCGGAUCGGACAUCACCGUCAAACAAGCAAAGGUUUGUAUCCGACAAGCGCUCGGUAUCGAGACCGAAGUGAUGACCAGAAGGGCGCGUCUGGCCGAGCAGAGAUUGGCCGAAAUCGAGGAACAGCUGCGCCAGUCCAUCCUUGACAGAUUCCAGCUGUCGUCGAGCCUGCAAGAGAUCACGGCCACCAAGACGAACCUGGAGCUGAAGACGGACAAGCUGACCGAGGAGAACAGCCGCUGCAAGGAGAAGCUGAUGCAGCGGAAGUGGGAGUCGGAGAUGCUCAGCAGGGCGUUCAACUCCACCAAGGCAAAACUGUCCGCCUGCACCGAGGCCUUUUCGCCUUCCACUUCGCCCUACUCGUCAUCUUCGUCGUCGUCUUCGUCAUCUUCGUCGUCGUCCAUGAUGAUGAUACCGCAUGGUGCCAGACCAUCCUACCACCACCGCCCGACGGCGCGUGAGAUUCUCGCCGACAUGGAGGCCCUCGAGGCCGAGAUCAACGAAGAGAAGAUGCAGAAGAAAGCCUUCAAAGAGGCGCAACGGUUUGCGCUGGAGCGAGAGAGCAAGAGCUUCGCACUGGCGCUGAUGGCCGCUCAGCACUGGCGCGAAUGGGCCAUGGCCAAAGCGAAGCGAAGGCAGGAGGAAGAACUGACACGCCAAUUUUUAGAAACGGAAAUGAAACUCAAGCAGCAGGCGAUCGAUGAGAAGGAGUACUCUUGCCCCAUCUGCUGCACCGACUACCCGAUCGAAGAAAUGUAUACUCUGGACAAAUGCUACCAUCGCUUUUGCUUCGAGUGUCUGGGCCGAUUUGUGUUGGUCAAGGUGCAGGAGGGCCAGACCCAGAAUAUGAAGUGUCCCGACCCCGACUGUAAAGAAUUCAUGACCCCCGCCGAGGUGCGACAUGUUGUAGAUGAAGAGACCUACAGCAAGUACGAGGAGUUCACGCUCGCGUCGGCGCUGAAUGCCAUGCCCGACAUCAGAUGGUGCCCCAAGCCCGACUGUAAAAACGCGAUGAUCGGCGGUGAGGAAAACCUCAUGAUGGUGUGUUCCAAUUCGGAGUGCCGCUUCAGCUUCUGUUACAAGUGCAAGGAGGAGUGGCACGCCGAUGCCACGUGCGAGCAGUACCAGCAGUGGCGAAGGGAGAACUCGGAGGCCGACGCCAAGUACGAUGAGUGGGUCAAGGCCAACGCCAAGAUGUGUCCCAACUGCCAGGCGCCAAUCGAGAAGAACGGUGGUUGUAACCACAUGACAUGCAAAAACUGUAAAUACGAGUUCUGUUGGCUCUGCAACGCCCAGUACAACAAAAACCAUUUCGGCAAGAUGCCCUGGAACUGUCGCCAGUUCAGUUGA